UGGAGAAUUAAAGUUAUAAAUUUGCUUGGGGACAGUUCAGUCAGUGCUAGUAAGCUUUGAACCAAUUAUUGAUUUUUUUUUAGUUGCAUUAUGCUACAAAACUGAAUCAGAAGUAACCUCUGCAGCUUUUUGCAGAGAACAGUAAGAGAUCAGAUACCUUCUCAGCUAUCCUGGGGCACAGGAAGCAGGUGAAAUGUUUCUUAAUUUUGCUUAAAAAAAAAAAAAAAAAAAAAAAAAGACACAACUCAGCCAAAUUCUCCGUCCUUGCAGGUAAAAUGUUGCAUCUUUGCACUUAUUCAGUAUCAGUGACAAUAAUAUAAGCCCAUGGGGGAUGGGAUGUUGACGCUGAAUUGUUUUAUUAUUUUCCGUAACUGUUGAUAUCACGAUUGUCCUGCAUCUCUGCUGUAUCCCCCCUAACACAUAAGGGACUCUCACAAGAUAUUCUGGUGUUGUUUACCUUUUUGCCAAAUCCAGUUUCAAGAGCAAUCACUUUAAUUGAUUUAACUCUGUCUGCCUCAUUGGGCUUUACUGUAAUACAAAAAGCAGGCCAAGUGCCUGGUGGUGCAGAGGGGUCAGAUUUAUGGAGAUGCAGAGGUAGAUUCUGGCAAGAGAAGUGCUGAGUCACCAUUGCAGGAGGACACCGACACUGGGACCGUACAGCAUCUUAAAGCAGGUAUGCAGGCGUUCUCAUACUGCUGCAGAGGCUUGUUGUGAAAGUGAGAAACGGGGGAAAUCAUGUAUCAACACGCACACUUUGAGUAUGUUAAUCCCUCAGCAUGACACAGCACAUUUCCUGCUGGGAGCUCGACUGUGUUGCGUGGGGAGAUGCAAUUAGUGCAACGCGUUGCAUUACGUUAAUCCUGCUGCUACAGCCAUUGUGUCCGGGAAAUGUUAUAUUAGACCUCGGUUUGGUUUAAAGUAAUAAACGUUGAAGACGUGACAAGGUAUCCCCAGCUUCUUGCUGCUAGGCAACGUGAGGGAUUUCCUAAUAUGGCGAGACACCCGGGUCGUCCUGUACGGAGGGGUGUGUCCUCGGCGCAACAAGCUUCCUGCUUUCUCCUCACGCUUCGUGUGAAGGACUGUUUCUGGUCUACGGCUUAUUCGAAGGUAUGCUGGAGAAACUUGAACUAGAUGAUGAUGCUGCUGAGCCAGAGAGUGAUAUUUACAUGCGCUUUAUGAAAUCCCACAAGUGCUACGAUAUCGUCCCCACGAGCUCCAAGCUGGUUGUGUUUGAUACGGCACUCCAAGUUAAGAAAGCGUUCUUUGCCUUGGUGGCUAACGGGGUGCGGGCUGCUCCACUAUGGGACACAGAGAAGCAAAGCUUUGUGGGAAUGCUGACAAUCACAGAUUUCAUCAUCAUACUGCACAGAUACUAUAAGUCACCAAUGGUGCAAAUUUAUGAAUUAGAGGAACACAAGCUUGAGACCUGGCGAGAGGUUUAUCUUCAAGCAACAUUCAAACCCUUGGUCAACAUAUCACCCGAUGCGAGCUUAUUUGAUGCAGUGUAUACCCUCAUCAAAAACAAAAUUCACCGCCUGCCUGUCAUUGACCCUGUCACGGGAAACGCUCUUUAUAUUCUCACACACAAGAGGAUCCUCAAGUUCCUCCAGCUGUUUAUGUGUGAAAUGCCAAAGCCAGCUUUCAUGAAGCAGACUCUGGGCGAGCUUGGCAUUGGUACAUACCACGAAAUUGCUUUCAUCCACCCAGACACACCCAUCAUUAAAGCACUCAACAUCUUUGUGGAGAGGCGAAUCUCUGCUUUGCCUGUGGUGGAUGAUUCAGGCAAAGUUGUUGAUAUUUACUCCAAGUUUGAUGUGAUUAACCUGGCUGCAGAGAAGACGUACAACAACCUGGACAUCACAGUGACGCAGGCCUUAAAACAUCGCUCUCAGUACUUCGAAGGAGUCGUGAAGUGCCAUAAAAUGGAAACAAUGGAGGCUAUUGUGGACAGAAUAGUCAAAGCUGAAGUGCAUCGGUUGGUGGUGGUGGACGAGCGCUCCAGUAUUGAGGGCAUUGUUUCCUUGUCAGACAUUCUCCAGGCGCUGGUGCUCAGCCCUGCAGGUAGGAAACGCACCUGUUUGACUGAAGGCUGGUCAUCGCCUGUAGCUGGCUCUUAGGAGGCAUGAUGCCUCUCUGACAUCCUGCUUGUCCUGCUGGGUGCCGCUUUGUUCCGCAGUGUUAUUUGGAUUUUUUUUUGUCAGGAAAAUGGGUUUGCAGUUAAUUUACAAGUGAACUGUCUGCUCUCCCCGGAAGCACAUUUGAAAAGGUACAUUACAUUUUAUAUGACAACUUUAAUUCUGGAUGGAUGAAAAAGGCAUUAUGCUAGUCGUGGUUUAAACUUCUAUAACUCCACUUCUUUAGCUUCUGUUUAGCUAGCAACAGAACCGCAGAUUCUGUUCAGUUUUCCCAUGUGAUGCCAUUCAGGUGAUAUGCACGAAAAGACUUCAGGUAAAUGUUGCCUGAUUUGACAUAUUUACACAGGCAGUGUUCAGUAAAUAACACAGAUGUAAUUUUUCUCUAUGGUGUAUGAUAAAAAAAGAACUCACAACCAAACCUGACUGGGCUAUUUAUUUUGCUUUACUUUAGAUAUUGAUAGGAAAGAUUUGUGAUCUUCAGAAAUUGUUUUAAUAGUCAAUACCGAUAUUUGGUAACUUGGGGAAAAAAAGUUAAAAAUACCAAGGGUUAAAUUGUAGUCACUAGGGGACUAACUCAGAGAAUGUCCAAAUCAGCCAAUCUUGGUACGGGUGGGGGUUCCCUGUAUGCUGCUACACAAGCCAAAAGUGCUCCAAGGAAGGACAAGUGGAAGCCAAUAAUGGGGUUAAGCUCUUAUGAUGGUCACAUAGAAGAAUUGGAGUAGUGGAAUAAAGCAACCUUGUCUGGUGAGUCCUGUCUCAACAUCAUGGGAACAGCCAGAUGAAGGCAGAUGAGGACAUGGGGUAGUCUGGAAGAUAUUUUACUGGGAAACCUUGGGUACAGGUAUUCAAAUAGAUUUUAGUUUGUAUCCUUCAACUACCUCAGCAUUUUCACUCUUUUUAACAUCAAUAUUUCUUGAUGGUGGAUUUUGUCAGCAGUAAAAUGGAAGAGUUCAGGGUACUGGAAUUGCCUUUAAUGUGUUGGAAUGUAAAAACAUUAAAGUCUGUAGCCGUCUUUACAUGUAACAUCACAUUUCCUAUGAUUGUCAGAUAUUUAUCAUGCAGCCAAUUUUAAUAUGUUCUACAUGGAGGCUUCACAUAUUAUAUAUUCUGUUGAGUUGAUGUUUGGCUUGUUCCAGAUGUAGCUGCAUCUUGCUUCUGGCAAUCUCUUCUUUGAUGUGAUUUAUGUUUGGUAUUGAUGUGCUUGAAAAUAACAUGCUUGCACAAUUUUUAAGUGUUGGAGGCUGCUGUUUGUUUGCAUUCAGACCUCCUAUUUUAGAAAUUCAACCCAGCAUUCAUUGAUAUGUUUAUAUUGACUUCAUCUGUGCAUUGACACGUCAGAGUAGAAUGGCUACCGCUUGUUAUUCGGGUCUAACCAAACUCCAAGCGACCAGUUGUGGAGGACUCAAAAAUGCCUUGUUGGAAGUGGGAAGUUCGGUUCAGACAGACAAGUCCAUAAGGUGUACAGAAUAAAAUCAGGCACAAGUAUUCCUAUAAUGUAGGCAUGCAACUUUAUUAAUGUUCACAUAUAAAUGUCCAAGUUUUAGGUCAACACGAAAGUACACCGAUCAGCUACUAAACUAAACCACAGACAGUGAAAUGGAUAUAAAAAAAAAAGGCCCGAGGCCUGGUAGCGGUCCAGCAACUAUCUCGAUCUCCCUGACAUCCUAAAAUCAAGACCUAAAAAUCAAUAAAAAAAAACAUCAGUAUUAAUAUCUCUGAACAAUGAAAACCGAAUCUAUGCUGUCAUUACACUUGACAUAGUAUUCAGAGCUGUGUUCCAUCCGGAGGGGAACCUAAUUUUACCCUAAUGGUUAAUGGUCAGAGAAUGGGAUUUAACUGUGUUUUUCAUUCAGAUCUGUUGCCUGUUUUUCUUUUCUUUUUUUUAAACUGCAGUUAAAUGGCUAUGCUGUUUGUACAACAGAAUAUGUGUUUGUUGUUCCCAGAUGCCUGUAAGGACGAGAACUUGACUGAAUGAGAGAGUGGUGCAUCAGCUUACAUGGUGGGAGUAAAUGUGCAGAAUGGUUGAGGUGUAGGGGGCAGAGCCAGUCUGAAGGUCCCGGAGAUGCCUGCCACCAGUGCACUAUCAAGGCCUGGAAUCCAAAGAGGAAGAGAGCUGAGCCAAGUGGAGUCCUGAACUGAAGAUGGAUUUUUAUGAAUUUCUUUCCUGUUUGCACACUGCUCAGUCAUAUUGAUUACAUUACAGAUAAAAUUUACAGUAUACGCAAACAUGUACACAUGGUACACUUAUUACCUUUCAGUAAAAGUGCUGUCACAAACAUGGUGCUGUUAUUAGAUAAAUAAACUUUAAAUUUGCAGUUACUGGUUAAUGUCAUCAGCUCCAUGUAAACAUCCACAGAUGCAACUUAUCUGGUAGCACAAUUACGCUUCACCCACAGUAAUAUAAAGACUGCUGUCAUUAAAGAGAGUGCCAAGAUGGAGCACUCAAGCUCAGUCUUUAUUUGUACCGUUUGAUUUUCCCCUCAAUGUGGUGGUUUUUUUUUUUUUUUUUCUUUUUGGAGGGGGGUUGUAAAGGAGUUCCUGAAAUACUAAUGAGUAACAUUAACACUGAUGUUUUUACAUCCACUCAUCUGAUGUUAUUUCAUUUGGAUGCAUUUUUUGUUAUUAAAAUCCAGGAUUUCUAUUUGGUUAUGGUUUGUUUGAAACAAUUAUGCAGAGCUCAGAGGAAAGAGGAGCAUUUUUUAAGGAUUAUGUCGGCCAAGAGUAGAGGAUGUGUUUUUCUUACCGAUUGAGUGAUUUACAGUCACUGUGAUUUCAGAAUUUAAAAAAAAAAAAAAAGUUUUUUUCGUUUAACAUUUUUACAUUCAUUCUGUGGUUUGGAUGCUUCAGAUUGUUAGGACGCUCACAAACAUGCAAAGCGGCUUGUUUAUCUCAACAGGACUCAUCUCUGUAUUUGACUGUAAAUGGGAUUGUUUUUGCAAAACAUGUCAGAGAAAGCUUUAUUUUUUAUGAAUGUGUGAACAUGUUUAAAGAUACUGCAGUUUCAAUGUUAUUUUUGUAAAUAUAUUGCAGCAAUAUGUCUAGUUCAGAGAAACUUUGUAUCAGAUCAACAUGUACUGUAAAUGUGCAAGCAUGACAAACUACACUUCUGCAGAAUGAAUGUUCUUUGUUUUACUUUUUCUAUUUUUCUGCCUGCAGAAAAAUAAACAGACACUGAAUGUACGUUAAA